UGUGUAGUUUGGGUAUUCGCCAUUGAUUUUUCCUGAAGAAAAAAGCAAAGAAGAAAAAGCAAAGAAAGACUAUUAAGUUUAUAAGUUAAGAAAUCUAGCACAAAAAUCGCUGCUAACACGUAAUAAAAACGUGCCUGUAUUCUGAUGAAUGUUUCACCAUUAUAUUGUACCGAGAGAUUCUAAUGGAAUGAACGUGUGCAAAAAAUGUAUUUGCUCUUUUCGUCGAUGUUGUUCUGCAAAAAGGGAAAUGAGAAAGUUAUCCAGCUGAAUGCUUAGCAUAUGCAGCAUAUGUGACCAGGAGAAAGAAACAAUAGACUAUUGGAAUGCCUCAAAAUUGUGCUUUUUCUUGAUGAUACGGUCAAGCUAUUUUGCAUUGACUACAUUGGUAUUGUACUAGACGCUAAAUAUCGUAGGUUUACCCCCUUCCAGCUUACCCCUGUAUCAAGUGCACGUUUGCAAGUACAAGAUGGAUGGUACAAAUCAUAAUGUGCUAUCUGAAGAACUUUUGUUGUUGUCAUCAGAUGAUGAAAACGAUGCUGAUCUGGUUAUUGAUUACCUGAGCGAAGAUCAAUCCAUCACCCCGAAAUGCACGGAUGCCUCCGCUUGCUCUAAUGAGAUAGAAAACUGUUGCGUUCUGAAGCCUACAACAGGUGCAGCAGUAAACGUCAUCGAGUUGGCGAGAACAAACGGUAGCAAUAGUGACGCGACUACAAAUAAUCACAGCAACAUGGUGCCAAUAAUUAGUGUGACUCCACACAGCCCUGGGGCCAAGUUUAACUUUCUAGAGGACACACUUAAUCAGCUACAAUGUCUACGAGAAAGUGUAGCCCAUAUGAAAAAUUCUACACUUCAAAACACGGCGUUGGGCGGCAUUGGUUCGACGAUGUCCUCGACGAAAUUGUUCUCCUCGUGUCCUUCGUUGCCGGAUCUUACUAUAGCAAACCCUAUUAACGUUUGGCCGCAUCAUCAUGUGCUGUACGGUUUGAAUAAUGAUAGAAGAAAGUCAUGGACCGCCAUCGAGGAUUUAACAGAAUGCACAAAGUCAUCACACAAAAGCGUCAGUUUGUCUAGUCUAGACAGCGAAGAGCAGGAAUCGUUACGAGCUGCGGAACGACUACAUAAUCGAACGAGUAGAAACAGUACGGGUGGAAUAUCAACACAUUCCUUAAACGAAGCUGAGUUAGCAAGGGAUUUCGAGAAAGUUGUUGCAAAACGCAAUCUGGUGCCCGUGGUUCCACGAAUUCCUUUACAAAAAAGCAUAUCCACUCCAUCUAUAGCGCCGGUUCGGAAUCAGACUGUUAAGGAAGAUAAUCUAGCCUCUUCGAGGCAUCUUUCUGACAGUGAAGAUGAAACUCAUGAUCGAUCACUACUUUGUGUGAGAGAUAAAAAUGAGGAAUAUCCAGAACAUCACGAAAAACGACGAAAGCGUGGUUCAUUAUUUUUCCGGAAGAAGAAAGAUAAAUCUAAAACAAAAGGACAAUCCUCCGUUUGUGAUGCUUGUGGAGCAGUUAUAAAUCUGGCAACAUACAAAGAGCACGCAGUAGAAUGCAAAGCAAAGAUAGCAAAGAAAUAUUUCCAGGCUCAACCAAAACCUAGCUCAAAUAAGAAGAGCUCUGCCAACAGUGGCAAAAAAAUGACUGGAUGUUACUCUCCGUGGCGAUUGGUUGCUAACAAAUUAGGCGUGGUAUCACAACACGCUAGCCACAAUUCCUCGCAACACGAUGAUCAGGGUAGAGACUAUUAUGAUGGCAACGUGCAUAAUGAUAACGCUAAUUACUCAGACGACGUUCCGUUGAUAAGGGAUGAAUUUCUGCACGAAGCGCCUAUCGGUCCACAUGAACUGGGUGCCGAGCCAAUCCUAGGCGUUGCAAUUGAUGAGCACGACUCAUGGAGCCCCAGUGUCCCGAAGGAGGUUGUCAAGGGAUUGAAAGACAAACAGGUGAAACGUCAAGAACACAUUUAUGAAUUUAUCAUGACAGAGAAGCAUCAUGUUCAAACUUUACUAGUCAUGCAGAAGGUAUUUGUAGAAAGUCUUCAGAAACACUUCAGCCAUCUUAACUUAGAACGGAUGUUUCCAAGGCUCGUUGAGCUAACCGAGCUACACACGGGAUUCCUUCGCAAACUGAGAUUAAAGCAAAGAGAACAUCACAUAGUUGAUAGCAUUGCCGAUAUCUUGCUCGACUUUUUCUCCUCAAUGUCGGCCCAGAAACUGAAAAGUUCGUACGGCGAAUUUUGUUCAAAUCAUCGAUCAGCGCUGGAUACGUUCAAGUGCUAUAUGACUGGUGACAACGUGUUCGCUGAAUGGUACAAGCAUUGUCAGCAAAAUCCACUCCUAAAGAAGAAAGGCAUCCCCGAAUGUAUUCUUUUCGUUACACAGCGUUUAACUAAAUACCCAUUACUUAUCGAUCCAUUGCUGAAAAGCUCUCGUGAAGAUAAGAUUGAGCAGGAAAAACUGCAGAAGGCCAUGUCGCUGGUAAAGGAGAUACUAGUUGACGUAGAUGCCCGGGUGGCUGAUAAAGAGAAAGAGGAUCGUCAAUUAGAAAUUUUUAAACGCAUUGAUGCUAAGUCCUGUGCUAUCUUUAAAAAGGAUAAAUUUAAAAAAUCGGACAUAAUAUCAUGCAAUCGAAAGCUGAGAUUCGAAGGGGUAGCCACUUUAAUGCAAGGCCGAUCUAAAAUGCAGACUGUUCUGGUAGUGGUCCUGUCGGAUUGCUUGUUUUUUCUGUUGGAAAAUUCGCAUAAAUAUUCCUUCUUCACACCGGAGAAUAAGGCGGGCGUUGUUUCUUUGCAAAAGCUUUUAAUUCGUGAAAAAGCUGGCACAGAAUCCCGAGGUAUUUAUAUCAUAUCUUCAAACCCGGCUUAUCCGGAAAUGUACGAACUAAAGGUACAAAAUCCAAAAGAUAAAAAUGUGUGGAUUCAAUCAAUACGUGCUGCCGUCAUUGACUGUCCCUCGGAUGAGUCGGAAACAGAAGACUACAUGAGCAUUGAACAAAGGCAAAAAAUAAUAGAUCUGAAACAAGCCAAUAUUCGGGAGAUAAUUUCCCUCGGAACUACCGAACUGGAAGGUAAAAUGCGACAGAAGGACUUCGAGCAGGCGAUAUUACUUGAAGAAAAGAUAGCACUACAGUUGAGCUUGUUGCUGGAUAACGAGCAAAAUGCUGAGCAGCUGGGUCCCGCCGUUGAGUCAUUUAUCUCAAAUUACGGAUCGUAUAGAGAUCUUAUCUCCGAUGACUGUGAUACUAUAGAAAUAUGGAAACGGGUGUUGAACUCUAUACAAGAAAUUAGUUCUCUGGCUUCUUCCCUCUACACGGCUGCGACGGGAUUACCGCUAUCUAGGUCCACCAGCUCAGUUGGUGAGCGUCAGAGCGAAUUGUUCAUCUCCCCUACCUUACCAAAACGAGCAGAAACGUUUGGUGGAUUUGAUGAACGUCGAUCAAAACAACUCGUCACCGGCGGAGUAAUUGGAGGUACUAAUUCAACAAUGCAUACUGCCAAUUCACGAGACGCCGUUCUUUCAACAUUAUCCGCUGGAUAUUUUACCAACCGCGAAACGUACGAAAAACGAGAACAACAGACUCAUUCUUCGUCUUCUGGGUUGGACGUCGAGCAGCUUUCUAUGUUGGCUAAUCCUCACGUUACUACUUCAUACGGCCAGCAGAAGUUGUUGGGCACCGGCGGUGGUACAGAGGGUAUUUCAUCUGACUUAGCCAAAGAUCAGAAUUACGCAGCUUUACACGUAUCGCACCAUCUGCACACCCUGCUUUGCAUAAUCUCACAGCAAAUGACAACCAUUCAGAGCCUACAGCAUCAGUUAAAUAGUUAUCGCGAAAAUCCAAAGACGCUGUACCGACAUAACGACCAGUUGGAAGAAUUGCGUAACUUGCAGGAUAAGCUGCAGGAGGAGAAAACGAUGUGGCAGAAGCAGAAAGAACAGGAGGAGCGCGAACUUGAAGAAACGAAACACUCACAAAAAGCUUUGCAAGAGCAGAUACGAGCAGAGCAGGAAGAUAUCAGACAGCAACGUGAACAACUGUAUCGAAAGAUGGAAAUUUUAUCUAGCCAAGGAUUGCUACAUUCCCCAAGUGUUGCUUUACCUAUACCAACUGGAGUAGCAUCAUCUUUAGAGGAAACGCAAAGUGUCAGCGAAGAGCACCAUGUGGAUAGUGUUUUCGGAGGUAGCAUUACACCCGGUUCGAUGGUUGGAUCUUCGGUUACAAUCGAUCGAAAGAAAGAUAAAUGGCGAACAGCGAGCAUCACCAAGACACCACCAGUGAACCUAGUAAGUGCAACUAAUGCAGCGAAGAUUAAUGCAACUAGCAUAAAGCAGCAGCUGCCGCUAAAACUAUCAUCAUUGUCGAGCACAAAGCAGGGUUCACCUGCCAGUAACUUGGUAAUGUCACCUAACAGUAGUAAUGCUGCCAUGGCUUCGCAUGCAGCUGCUACUGGUGUGACCCAAAUGUUCCCCUUAAAGCUUGCUGACAAAAAGAUUUCUUCCACUGGGACUCCGAAUCAUUCUCGAACCGGUAGCAGUCCUGCUGUAAUACAGCAACAAAUUCAAGUACAAUCAGGCAAUCCUGCUACUAGAACAAACACCUAUCCAAAAAUACCAGAACGCUUUCGUUUGAGAAGUUCUGACAACUAUCCCGGUCCACCAAGUACUGCUUGUUCAGCUGCAUCACAAACGUAUCAGUAUUCAUCACCGUCACAUCCUAUGGUGGCAUUGUCUUCGACUCCUCCUCCACUCGUGCCCGCUAGAAACUCGAUACAGCAGGAGUCGAGCGGAGCGCGUACAUCCUCUCCGAUUUCUACUCGCCAUUCCAGCUUGCAGUCACCUCAGAAACCUUCGGAUCCUUCACAAUUAGGAGGCAGCAAAGGUGACAGCAGCAGCAAGGCCAAGGAGGAAGAAGUUAUGUACUUUUGAUAUACACCAGUCGAAGUGGAGAUCUAAGCUUCUGAAAUCUUUCUUCGGUUUAGUAAGUAAGUAAUGCCUUCUUAUUAUUCCUUGUCUUGAUUUAUUAUUCUUAAGGCCACUGAUCUCUGGUGAGCUAAGACAGUGUCAUCGAGGACCGCGGCAUAUAGACACAUUAUGCAAUCUAUUUGAACAUGAUAGGAACUGCACUUGACUCUGCAUUAUGGCCUACAACAAGCAUUUUUAGUAAAAGUUAUAUACGGUCGUAAGGUAUGAAUGUUAAAUUAAUGUCAAAUAUAUGUGUUAUUGAACUAAAAGUGCUAAAUAAUAAAUUGGAUGCAUCCUCACGAUGUAAUAUAUUGAUGGCAAUGCAAAACGGUUGUAACGAGGCGCAGACACUUUAGUGACAGAAGCGUGCUCAUACACGUUGGUCGUAUUUUAUGUGUUUAAUGGACAAAAAAUGUUUCAAAUGGAUUAGCAAACAAUUAGAUGUUCGAAACUGACACUGACUACAUUUUCCAAUAGUACAAGCACUAUGUUGUUCCAUUCUUUUAAUGUUACGCCUGUGUUCGAACUAAACGAUCCUUCCUACCUACUGCUGUAACUGUAUAUGUCUACCUAGAACAACUACUUAUGAGUGAUGAACUGUUGGAAUAAAACUGAUUUAUUGAUACUGUGAUGACGUUUUUGUCGAUAUGAAGAAACGUAGACAAGUUAUUAUCCAAUCUAGCGGAAACAUGAUAAAUAUUUGCAUUAUAAUAAUCUCCAACUUGUUCACUGAACGAACAUCGAUGGCAAUAUGUUUUCAUGGCUACUCCUACGUAGAAUGUACCAUCGAUGGUAGAAUUAUGUAUUGCAAGCAUGACUGUAAGACUGUACUGGAAAAAAAUGCAAAACCAAUAAUGUAGUAGAGUUUGUUUAAAACAAAUCUACAAACACACAACAUCGUGCAGGAAUAAGUAAUACACAAAAACAUCCAACCAAUCGCGCACCUACACUUCAAUCACUUAGGGACAAUAUAUAGAAAACCGUAUAACAUAGUAAACCGACUGUAAUUGAUUUUACUGAACUAUUACUGUAAGUGUUUUGUAGCAAAACGUGUUAUUAAAGAAAACUAUGUUAAUUUUGAAGAAACAAAAAACAGUCUACCAAUAUAUAAGACCGUCGAAACGUGUAUGUGUAUAGAACAAGUAAACCAAAAUGAGAUAAGGAAAACGCUACAAAUGUCCUCAAACUUAAAAUGCUCUGUUUAGCUAACUUCUUGACAAUACAAUUAAUGAAAUUUUUAAAAAGGUUGAUAACAAAGAAUGCUACAAAACAAAUCUUGAAGUAAAAAAAAAACAUUGAAAUUUAAACGCGAUAUAACUCACACAGUAUGCAUAAGAAUGUGUAAUACGGGCUAAAAGAAAAAAAAACAGAAACGCAUCUAAAGAUUUAUAUUUGUGAACAAAACGGGAUACAAAAACAUAAUAAUAACAAAAAGAGGGGGGCUUAAAAGCUGAGGCCAACAAGAUUACACACUAUAUUCGAAUUGAACCGCAAAUGGGGAAAUUGUGUAUAAUUGAAAAAAAAAAUUAUGUGUUAUAUGAACAAGAACAAAAUACUUAGACAUACAGCUAUGUAACACUCUUUUACAAAUCAGUGCGUAAAUGUACAAUAUAAGAGAGCUACUUUGAAGGAAUAAAAAACAAGCUAUAUUUUAUCGAAACAAUAUUUUUAAACAUAUGAAUACAUACGUGUUGACGCAUCUGUUCGUGUGUAUAUGAUGCUUAUGUAUAGCAUAUGUUGUUGUAUCAAGUAAUAUGGAAAAGACUAUAAACUGCUCAAUCAUUUUACACACUAUUCAUAACGAGAAACGUGUUAAACUGCAGCGCUCAGGCGUUUGGUACAUGUUGUUAACAUUCCUUCCUACCUAGUUAUCUAACCGUGAGAAGCUCAAUAAUCAUAUCUACCAGUGAUCGUUGAAAUAUUAGCGCGCUGUGUAGCUGGUGAAGCUAUAAGAUGAUGAAUAAAAUCGCGUUAUUUCGUAUUACAUUUGGCAUGCAAAGAAAAGUAUGAAGAAAUCGUAGUGUGUAUCAAAUUACAUGCAUUAUUCUCCGCCGUUCUGCGUCCGUGUAUAGGUGUUCGCAAUGCACCGCACCUUUUGUGUAUAGGAUCUUUUCAACCGACGUAUCAAUACUUUCUACUGUAUAGUUGGUAAACAAAAAACCUCCUCAAUUCAUUAUAAUAGUUCUUACCGAUCAGAGAAUAUUAAAGCUGUUCUAUUUAGUUUGCUUCGGAUAUAUUGUUUUACGUACAUGAAUUGAAAGCGCACAUUGUUUCAACGAAUAUGUUGUUAAUUAACAUGUAACUAGUGGAUGGGAUAGUCACGAGAAUGGAAAUAUUAAGUCACUCAAUCCACCGAAUUUCUCUGCUAAAAGGAAAAAAAACACUGCAAAACAAUCAUGAAUUUAGACUGUCGAAAACAUAAAAAUGAAACACAGUGAAUAAGAAUGCUUAUUCUAAGGCGUAUAAUGGAUAAAACGAUAUUUAGUAUUCAGACAAAAUAAGGAAAAUGUAUUUAAAACAAAAUCUUUAAAUGGUUAUGACUCUUUUUAAUCGUGAAAGCAAAUCUUGAAGGGAAGUAAGCAAACGUAGUGCAUUGUGUUGAUUGUACUCCAUGGAUUGGUUGUGUUCUUUCAGUCAAGCAGUUCGAAGUCUGGGUCACUAGUGACAAUGCAGAUAGAUCAUUGAGCAAAAUUAUGUAUGUCUUCAAUUACAACUAUUCCUUCCCCUUUUACUACAAAACCUUUGAAAAGAAAGAACAUGUAUUGAACAUUAUAUUGCAUAUUUCAACUGUUAGUAGUGUAUUCACACGAUCAGUAUUUCCUGAAUAUGUAUUAGAAGAAAAUCCAACACACAAUUCACCUAAUGUAUCAAGUAACAUGUAUGAAUGAAUGAGUUGAGUAUUGAGCAGCAUUUCAAAAAAAUAUAUACUUAUGUGUACCACUCUUGCGAAGCGGACUUAAUAUCAUGAAAUGUAACGCAUACAAUGUAACAGAGAAAACAUACCAGCAGAACAAAAUGAAAUAUGGUACAUGAAAAGAAAAAAAAACAAUGUAACUUAUCACACUUAAAUUUUUGACAACAGAAAUGUUAUUGAAAUGUUAUCAUUCAGUCACUGUUGAAAUGUUAGAAUAAAUAUUAACGAACAGAUGAGAAAAUCAUUCA